UGGGUAAAUUCAAGUGUCUGUGAUUUCUUGCUUCCAUCAGACAAAGAUCGAGCAGGGAGGGCUCUCUCUUUCUUCCUCUUUCUCUGUAAUGGAAGUCUAUCGUGUUGGAGCUUUUGCAGCGUCCAAAACAUCAUCAGACCUUGACUGUUAAAAUCUCUCGGGGCAAAAAGGUUGGCGUUAAUGGCGGCUCCAUAUCCAGAUGAUUUCAAGUGCCCUAUUUCUCUGGAGAUAAUGUCCGACCCUGUAAUACUCUCCUCCGGCCACACCUUUGAUCGUUCCUCAAUCCAAAGGUGGCUCGAUGCCGGUCACCGGACUUGCCCAAUCACCCAAUUGCCCCUUCCUCAAAACCCUAACCUAAUCCCUAACCAUGCUCUCAGAAGCUUAAUUUCAAAUUUCAACCCUGUUUCCCUGUCCAAGCCAUUUCUCCCUCAUCCCUCGCCCCAAACCCUAAUCUCGAUUCUCAUAUCUCCUUCUUCCUCCCUCGAUUCCAAGCUUGAUUGCCUCAAUCAACUCGCGAGGGUUUCGAAGCGCGAUUCCGCUAUGCGUCGAAGAUUGACCGAGUCCGGGGCUGUCUCGGCUGUUCUUAAAUGCGUUGGUUCUGACGAUCCGAGGCUUCAAGAGAAGGGUCUGUCGCUGUUGCUGAAUCUUAGUUUGGACGAUGAUAACAAAGUGGGUUUGGUUGCAGAAGGGGCUAUUGGCCACACUGUGGCUGCUCUUCAAGCGAGGUCCCCUGAUUGCAGAGCCGUUGCGGCCACGAUGCUGACGAGCUUGGCGGUUGUGGAGGUUAACAAGGCUACAAUUGGGGCAUAUCCUCAUGCGGUUCGCUCUCUGGUUUGUCUCUUACGGAACGGCAACUACAGAGAGCAGAAGGAAGCUGCAACUGCGCUUUACGCCAUUUGUUCAUUCCCCAGGAACCGUCUGCGGGCUGUGGAAUGUGGGGUUGUUCCCAUUUUGCUCAAAAUUGCCAAUUCUGGGCUGGAUAGAGCAGUGGAGGUUCUGGGGCUUUUGGCCAAGUGCAGGGAAGGUCGCGAAGAGAUGCAACGGUUCAAGGGAUGUGUGGAGAUUUUGGGUUGUGUUUUGAGAAAUGGAGCCCCAAGAGGGGUUCAAUAUGCUCUUCUAACUCUGAGUUCCCUGUGCUGCCACUGCGAGCGACAGUGCGUGGAGGCCAGAAGAGAAGGCGUUUUGGGAAUCUGUAUGACAUUGAUUGAUGACAAUAAUGAAAAGAUCAGAGCAAAUGCUGCAAAUUUGAUUCAUAUACUGCGCGGAAACAACACAUGAGGAGAAGGAAUCCAAUCGGAUUCUUCUGCAGUCAUACAACUGGUGGGUUGGCUUGGGUCUUGGGGAAUGAUAUAUCUUAUGACUCAUGUGGGUGGUGGUGUGUAAACCAAGGGAUUUUGCUGUGGCGUAAUGUCGAUGCCUCGUUCUUCUUACCAAGACGACUCCAAUUCUUCUAGAUUAGGGGUUUCCACUGUUCCCCUCUUUUUGGUUCAAUAGUUUCUGUACAGAAAAUAUAUAUUAGAAUCUGGUAAGAUCAUGCCUUUUCUUUUA